AUGCUUAAAUUAUUCACGAGUCAAGUUCUUCCAAUAUCUCCUAACACAACUUAUACUUCAUUCUUCCCAAUAUAACCUUCUCUUCUAUCUAUUCACAAUGCAACUCAAAAGGGUGUUUUAGUAAGUUCAACAAAAAAUCUAUAUAGAAUUUUGUCUUUGAAUAAACUUUGAGAGAGAGAGAGUCAUGUGAGAGAAGAAAACACAUGAGAUCAUAUGGAUUUGAGACCUCAUUUCUCUUCCUUUAAAUCACCUCACAACUCAUCAAAAUUGAUAGCAAAAGAAAAACUUUGCACCAAAGAGAGAGAGAGAGCACAAGAGAAUGGUUUCUAGGGAGCAAAAGAGAGCAGCACUGCAUGAGAAGCUGCAACUUCUUCGUUCUGUUACUAACUCUCAUGCUCUAAGUGAUACCUCGAUUGUAAUCGAUGCAUCGAAGUAUAUCGAAAAUCUAAAGGAAAAGGUAGAAAGACUAAAUGAAGAAAUUGCUUCUGCAGAAAGUUCAAGUGUUCAUAAUCCCUUGCCUAUGAUUACGGUGGAAACCCUAGAAAAAGGAUUUCUUAUAAAUGUUUUUUCAGCAAAAAGCAGCCAAGGAAUGCUUGUUUCAAUACUUGAAGCCAUUGAAGAGAUGAGACUUACAGUUCUGGAAGCUAGGGUUUCUUGUACGGACAAUUUUCGAUUCCAAGCUGUUGGAGGAGAGAAUGAAGAACAAGGUGAAACCAUUGAUGCACAAGCUGUGAAACAAGCUGUAGGACAAGCAAUAAAAAAUUGGAGUGAAAGUGAAAGUAAUGAUCAAGUGUAAAUUGCAAUAUAUAUUGCGUCUUCCAUAUUUAUUAUUAUUUUUCUAUCAUUUUUUUUGUUGCUAAGAGGCAUUUUGUUGGUUUAAGGUAUCAAGCUUUUGUGUAAGAUAGCUAGCUUCCAAAUCUUUCACUUCUGCAUAUUUUAAUGAGAAUAUAUGAAGGUUAAAGACCAA